AUGUUUCGGUCAAAGAAUCUUUUUUUGCAAGGCCAAACAAACGAAAAUUCUUUCACACAACCUGUGAUUUCCUUUAAUUCGAAAAAAGGAGCCCCCCUCCCAUCGAUUCCAUAUUCAUAUCCCUGUGUAGAUUUCCAACAAUAUCCUAUCUCGCAAGGUAAUCUCCCGAAUGGGAUGAGUCCGAGGCGAACAGCCAUACCUAACGAUUACCAGGCUCGCCCACUGCAACCAGCAUUUCAACAAUCCUCGGCAAAGAUCAAGCCACCGAUAUCGUACUCUUUUCUGAUUGCAGAAGCUAUUUAUAAUGCACCCAACAAACGAUCUACCCUCUCUGGAAUUUAUAACUAUGUUUUGGAAAAAUAUCCAUACUAUAGGACUGCUCGGCCCGGUUGGCAAAACUCAAUACGACAUAACUUAUCUCUUAACAAAGCCUUUAUCAAGCUUCCACGCACAGGCGGAGAGCCUGGAAAGGGGAUGUUUUGGGCUGUAGACGGGGCUUAUAUGCAUCUUUUCCCCAAUAUUGCCCCUUUAGAUACGAAGCCCAUGGUGACAGAUGGUUUCCUGUCACAAAAUGUUUCCUAUUCUUCAAAUUCGGCCUCACCGUUUUCAUCUCCUACCCAAAAUAGCACAGAAUAUGAAUCUUGUCCUUCUUCUUCGCCCUCCACGUCGUUUUCACAUGUUGAAGAAUUCGAGAGCAAAUUUUCACGUAACUCGCCUCCACCUUUUUCUUACAUUGCUUCAAAGUUCCGGGAUCAAGAAUUCUCGUCCUUUAGCACGGCCCUUUCAAUUCCAAAUGUAUUCCCUUCAACUGAGAGGAAAAAAAUAUCUCUUCGGAAAGAUAGCAGCUCCAGUGCAGUCAAUUUAAUACCUGAUACAACUGACAGGAGAAGGAGGAGGGAUAAAUCUAUUGAUAGGCAAUUUUCGUUGAAGAGCCUUUUGAAUUGA